UUAGCUGUUGUGUUGGCCAUGUAUUGAUCAGUGUUUGCUGCUGGAGGCAGAUGGAGACAGAAGUGGAUAAAGUUCAAGGACAGACCACAGUGUACAACCCUCUCUAUGACAACUCGAUGAAGCUUUUAGACGCUGACCGCUAUGACUUCCAGCACGGUGAGGUGAGGUCUGAUAAACCAGCAGGAAAACAACGAUGUGUUCCUGUAGUAAUAGUCAUCUUACUGCUGCUGAUAGCACUGAACUCUCUGCUGGUCUAUAAAGUUUUUACUCUGGAGUCUUGGGUUCACACUCACUGUACACCAGCUGAUGAUGUCAAGAUAGAGAAACAAGUCAAGCUGGGCAGUUUGAACUCAGAUGAGGAGUGUCUGUCUAAUCUGUGUCAAGAUAACGGGACUUUAAAUAAAAUAAUGACUCAACUACAUGAGUUCAAUGUCACUGCAAAAACAGCCAUGGUUUGUCCGCCUGGUCCACCUGGAAUACCUGGUCCACCUGGACCUACUGGUACUCCAGGUCGACCAGGUGAAAAGGGAAAAACUGGCUCACCAGGGGGGGUAGGUCUAGCUGGACCAUCAGGUCAAAAAGGAGAAAGAGGAGAACAAGGCACGGCAGGGCUGAUGGGUCCACCUGGCACCAUGGGUGUACCUGGUAUUCCAGGCUUAAAAGGGGAUCCGGGGGAGCAAGGAUUGCAAGGUUUAGACGGUUCUCCAGGAUUUAAUGGAACAGCGGGUGUCCCGGGAAUGCCAGGGCCCCCUGGACGUCAAGGGCCUAAAGGAGACACCGGGCCCCGUGGUGAGCGUGGAGUGCCAGGACCUCUAGGGCCUGGAGGACCUCCUGGUCCAGUAGGACCGACUGGACUACCAGGACCACCUGGACCAAAAGGCUCAACUGGACUACAGGGUGAUGGCAGACCAGGAAGCCCAGGACCACACGGUCAAAAGGGAGAUAGAGGCUUUUCAGGGUUGAAAGGGCAAAAAGGAGAGCCAGGUCCUAAGGGCGAGAAGGGCAAUAUAGGAAUACCAGGUGAAACCCCAAAACCAGCCAUUAUCCGUUUAGUGGGAGCAUCCAACCGUGGAAGACUGGAGGUGCUUCAUCAGAGUGUCUGGGGAACAGUGUGUGAUGAUAGCUUUGACAGCUUUGAUGCAUUGGUGGCAUGCAAGAUGCUGGGUUUCCAGAGGAACAUCGAUGUGUUCCCUGCCAGUGGAGGAACCGGACGCAUUUGGCUGGAUGAACUGAAAUGUACCGGACAAGAGCUCAGCAUCUUUGACUGUCCAAACGGAGGAUUUGGAAACCAUAACUGUAACCACAGCGAGGAUGUAGGAAUUAGCUGCGCUUAAGUAAACAAAUAAUGUUGCCAUUAUAUACAUUUUAUAGCCGUUGUAUCUGUAUGUAGCCACUUGAGUUUAAAGCAUUUAAAAUAAGCUUACAUAAACACAUUAAAACUGAAAGUUGUGUAACGGUACAGUAGGAUUUGUGGGAUCUCUGAGUGUGUAUCACUUUAAACCUUAAACCUUCCUAAAAAGUCACAUUUAGAAAUUGUGGUAGGGUCUCCCCAUCAUUCUGCCUACAUGAUAAAACAAUGUGGGAAUCCUAACAACGUAUGCAACUGAAUGGAUUCCUUCUGUCUUUUUGUUUAGUUUAGACCUGUACUUACACAAGUUGGCAUAUUGUAGUGAUGAUUAAAUUGAUGAAAAUAUGUGUGAAAGUGUGUGAGAUGUUUGUCAAGUAUGGUAACCCAUGGUCAAAAUGGGACCACUGCAUUUAAGAAUAAUAAAAACAUGCACUGCAAGUCGUGAACACACACACACACACCCGAAGCAAUGUGACUGACCCAACUGAGAUUCAGUUUUUCUUUAAAUAGUGUCGGGUGAAUGAUGUCAACUGGGUUUGGCCUGUACGUCAGCCCCCAUACUCCCAAUAAAGCCCCAUGCAGCAAGGUUCCAGAAA